AUGAUGUUCAAAAUCGUAGUGGAGUUGGCUCUUGUUGGGGCAAUCGCCUCAGUGUUCAUUGUAGCAGCCCAGGGUCGUGCACAAGAGAGGGCCGCUGAAGAAGCAGCUGGGAGAGAGUUCAUGAGAACACUCGAUGAUUUGACUGGAAGAGCCAAGAAUAGAAGAACUAUCGCUUCAUGGGACUAUGAAUCUAAUAUCACAGAACACAACCGAGAGAGACAGUUGCAAGUAGCAUUGGAGGUUGCUGAAGAAGAAAAAGAAUUAUGGAAGGAAACAAUGACAUAUCUUUGGCACGAGUUUGAAGAUGAGGAUCUGAAGAGGAUGUUUCAAAAGUACUCUAAGCUGGGAUCAUCUGCUUUACCAGAGGACCUCAACCAGCGAUUGAUAGAAGCGAUUAACAAUAUGCAGUCCAUUUACGCAAAGGCAACUAUCUGUGAUUACAAUGAUCGCAGCAAAUGUAAUUUGUAUGUCGAACCCGAGGUUACGAAUAUUUUCGCUCAGAGUACCGACCCCGAAGAACUGAAGUACACUUGGCUGGAAUGGCAUAAAGCAGCCGGUGCACCGUCCAAAGGAAAUUUUACUGAAUAUGUGAAUAUGAAAAACGAGGCAGCCAAAUUAAAUGGUUACGACAGCGUGGCCGAAUGGUGGCUGGGAGAAUACGAGGAACCAGAUACUGAAGAACAAUUCGCUGAACUUUGGACUCAGGUGAAGCCACUAUAUGAUCAAAUGCACGCCUACGUAAGAAGACAUCUGAGACUGCGGUACGGAGAAGAUGUUGUCUCUGCUAGAGGACCAAUCCCUGCUCAUUUGUUAGGCAACAUUUGGGCUCAAACCUGGAAUCAUGUCGAGAAAUUUACUAGGCCCUAUCCAGAAAAACCAGAUGUAGACGUCACUGCAGCACUCGUCAGUCAGAACUACACAGCAUUGAAAAUAUUUAAGACUGCGGAAGACUUUUUCAAAUCUUUGAACUUAAGUGGUAUGCCAGAUCUAUUUUGGGAAAGGUCAAUUAUUGAAAAACCCAAUGACGGCAGGGACAUGGUGUGCCAUGCUUCAGCUUGGGAUUUCUUUGACUCAGAAGAUUUCAGAAUCAAACAAUGCACAACGAUAACAAGCGCCUUCUUUAAGACGACUCACCAUGAGAUGGGGCACAUCCAGUACUACCUACAAUACAAAGACUUGCCAGUGGUUUAUAGAGCGGGAGCAAACCCAGGAUUCCAUGAAGCUGUUGGUGAUAUUAUGUCAUUGUCAGUGUCAACACCAAAACAUUUGCGGUUGAUGGGACUUUUAGAAGAUGGUCCCGAAGAUUUGGAAUCUAACAUCAACCAACUGUAUAAAAUGGGUUUGGAAAAAAUCGUAUUCUUGCCAUUUGCGUACGUGUUGGACUUAUUCCGUUACGGCGUGUUCCGUGGUACAACAUCAGAAAGUGACUACAACUGUCACUUCUGGCAGCUCAGAGAGUCAUUGCAAGGAGUUGAACCACCAGCGCCAAGAAGCGAGGAAGACUUUGAUCCAGCAGCUAAAUACCAUAUUUCUUCAGACGUUGAAUAUAUGAGGUACUACAUCUCAUACAUAAUACAGUUCCAAUUCCAUCGGUCUCUAUGUCAAUUAGCUGGUGAAUAUGUUCCCGGGGACCCUGACAAACUGCUGUCAAAUUGCGACAUAUACAACAGUACUGCUGCUGGUAACGCUUUAGGCAAAAUGUUACAAAUGGGCUCAUCGAAACCAUGGCCCGAUGCGAUGGAGGCUUUGACGGGUCAACGUAAGAUGGAUGCUAGUGGCGUGCUUGAAUACUUCCAACCACUAUAUGAUUGGCUGAAGGAAGAAAACGAGAGAACCGGAGAAUACAUUGGCUGGGAACCAAGCAACGUUCAAUAUUGCACCCCAGAACAAAGGAAUGUAAUGAAGAACACUGGCUUCCAAGAGAGACUUAACAAACAUAUGGGUCAGUAA